AUGGCGUGUCUUGAGUGGCUGAAAAACGAGUUGGCGCCUUUCAUUGAGCACGGUUUCAGACUUUGUCCUUUUCGUUCUCGCUCUCUUGCUUUGUUUCUCCUUCUCGCUCUCUUGCGCUGUUGCCUUGUCACUGUGGAAUCGGAAUCGUGGUGUUUUGUGCUCUCGGAAUCUUGCUCUCGGAAGGUUGCUAAUCUCGCUGUCGGACUCUUGGCUGUCGGAAUCGGAAACCUAACUAUUUCUGUCCACAUUGCUAUCUUUGUAGGAGCAAUGCCACGAAGAAGACAAAGUUGGAGACUUCGGAUAUUCAUGGAUUCCGCCAAGAUUCUAGAAAUGAACACCAAACUACGACAACCGCAUAUAGACCGUAUUAAUAUGACGCCAUUUAAGUGUUGUUUGAACCUUAUGAACCCUAUUGAAGUAAACGUACAAUUGUUGAGGUUGAUGGUAAAAAGUUGGGUGGGGAAAGAUUUGAGUUUUAGGGUUUGUCAACGUUUAGUGCCUUUUAAUCCUGUUGAUGUUUUCAUGGCCACCGGUUUAGACUUAGGUGGACUAGAUGUACCGUUUGAUGAAUGUGUUGUGGGUUUGCUUGGUGACAUGUUCAAUCCGAGUACCACGACAAAGGAGGACCUAAUUGACAUGUUUGAUUUGAUUGUAACGGAUGAGGCCAUAGAUGUAGAUGUAGUUUUGUUAGAUGAUUUAGACAGUUUAUGUUUGUAUGACUGGGGUUCUGCUGUACAUCAAAACCUUGUACAAAAUUUACACAAGUGUAAGAUCAAAAUAAUAUCCAAAAAAAUCUCNAAGUCGAUGGGUUUGAGUGGCAAUGUAGCUGUAUUGCAGGCUUGGGCGGUGGAGAGACUUUCAUUGCAUGAUGGUCGUUCACCGAGGGUAUUCCCGCGCAUUUGGAGAUGGUUCCCUUAUACGGGAACCAAAGAAACAAUUGAAGCUGUCUUCAAGAAUGGACAAUUAAAUACGGAGUGGUACCUCAGUAGGAACGACUAUCUUAAGGCCGAGGUGCGUNCUGCCUUUGGCAUGGAUGAGGGAGGAGACAGUGAAGAAACAAAGGUUGAACCGUCCACNUCCACCCUUCCGGAAACAUAUGAAGAUAGCUCCGAUGAUGGCACUUGGGAAGAGGGUGCAGAGGAGAUAGUAAACAAAACCAAUUCUGAAUUAAUAUACUUGAGUUCUAGAAUUGCUUNCCUCACCAACGAGUUAAUGGAGGUUCUUCAAUGGCCAUUGAAAUACGAAGAAGCAGAUGUUUGUCAUGACAAAGAAGGUAUUGCAAGAGGUGAUGAAGGAAAUGGUGUUGNAGUUCAUGAAGACCCUUUGGCGGAUGAAGAACCAGCACNAAAACAUGACAAUGAAGGAAAUGCUGUCGGAGUUCAUGAACGGCCUUUGGCAGAUGAAGAACCAGUACCAAAACAUCACAAAGGUGAACCAUCUGAGAAAGAUUCACCAACAGAGCAUGUUCCUGAAUAUAUUCAUGUUGAUGAUGAUGGUGACAAUGAAGAAGUUGUUGCUGAAGAACAUGUGCCGUUGCGCACCUUUGUUGGUGAUCCANCCACCGAUGUAGAUGUUGACAAACUAUACACUGCAGUGAGUGUUAGAGAUAAAGAUGCACCGCAGAGGGUCAUCUGCGACAUCAUUGGCCAAUCCUUGACCACAAAAUAUAUGCAGUGCUUAGCACCACGUACAUUUGUUCAUAACCUGGUGGUGUUAUUUGCCUCUACGACGUUCAUGCACUUUGAAAAAAGGUUGAGCGGUGUAGUGAAGAGGGUUCAUUUUAGUUCUUUAUACUCGAGUCAUAUUUGCAGUGACUAUAGGAAGAUGGAAAAAAAUCAACAUGUGUAUACGCUGCGUAAUUAUGCGAGCUACAUGUGGUCCGAUUAUUUUGGACUUGAAGACAUUCGCACAGCUGAGUUUUUGUUUAUGCCAUUUUGCCAUGAAGAACAUUGGUGGUGUUAUGCCCUUAAUUUCAGAACAUUACAAAUAUGUGUUAUUGACUCAUUAAACAAGGUUGUACCUGAUAGGAGGAGGAUUGACACAUUUGUGGGAAAAAAUAUGGCCAGAUUUUUGUGCUUGUUGAACAAUAGACCGGAGGGUAGUAUUCCUCCUUUGCCUGUGACAAUGUCAAACAUCCCGACCCAACCAAACUUAUUCGAUUGUGGAGUGGUAAUGUUAAAAGCAAUGGAAAUUUGGGAUGGGGAGGACAAAUACAACGGCAAGAGCAUGCNGCAAUAUACGAAUGAAGAUUUGCGUGAAAUUAGAAAAAACUACGUAAAGGAGUGGAUCCUCGACAACGACAAUAUUGCAAGAAUGGAGGCGCUACAGGAAUAUGGAUUUUUGUAGGGUCGUUAGCAUUUGUAAUUUAAAUGACAUGAACAUGUAUUUGAAAUUACAUUGUACACUGUACA